GCACGGGCGAGCAGAGAUGGCUUGCCAGGUCUGCACUUGCAGAAACGGGUCCCUUGUCCACUCAGCGUUGCGACAUUUCCAAGGGCUCCAGUCAGGCCUCUCUCCCAGCCGAAUCUUCACCAAGGCUCUGUGCUUGCUGGCCCAGUCCAAUCCACCAUCUCAACCUCCACCACAGCAAGCAUCGCGAACCCGGCCGCCGCUCGACGACCCCCGACCACGACCGCCCACCAUGUCUGCCUACCCUUCCCUCGCGGGCUUCGUCAUGAAGAAGCCAUGGCUCUACAACAUGCUCAAGCCCGUCGCCAACUGGUACACCAACGCCGCCGGCUACCGCCAGCUCGGCCUCAGGGCCGAUGACCUGAUUGUCGAGGAGAAUGAGGAUGUCAUCCUCGCGCUGAAGCGCCUCCCGCCCAAGGAAUCGUACGACCGUGUCUACCGCCUCCGCCGCGCUUUCCAGUGCUCCCUGACACACAAGCUCCUGCCCAAGGAGCAGUGGACUAAGCCCGAGGAGGAUGUCCCGUACUUGGUCCCCAUCAUUGAGCAAAUCAAGGCCGAGAACAAGGAGAGAGAGGCCCUCGACUCCUUGACCAUCAUCAAGAACCACUAAAUGUGUAUAUGGGGGAAGGCAGUCUUGAUUAUGACCAGGAGAUGAGAACGUAGCAAGCGGGACGAAAUCACUUUACGUGGCACUGGACAACGAAAAGGCGCGAGAGCCAUGAACUGCGUACUGUGUUCUGUACAGCACAACGACGGAGGAGCUGCGGCGUAGCGAGGAAGAGUCGUGGAAGAGCCGAGCGCCCGUGGACUUCGCCAACCCUGAGAAACCUCGGGCAUAUAUGGCCUGAGCCCAGGAGCGAUGCACUUCUUUUUCAGAGGAAAAAAGGUGGCUCCGCCCAGGAAACAUUGUACAAUUAUAGCUACAUUUUAGAAGCGAGGCAAUAGACGACCGCAGAUGGACAGGCCAGGAGAAUAACCCCCUCUUACAUUGUCGUUCGCCAGAUUUCUGGCCACCACCGCCACCACGCGCCUGGGCCUCAACGCUAUGACGCAAUUUGUUUUCG